GCCGAGGCCCCGCCCCCUGCUCCUGAACACUGCAACCUACCUGAAACACAUCAGGUACACGGCGGACACUUCAGCUCUGCCACCUCUACACCGCUCCUCAGGAGUCUACGGCAACAUCAGAGCCGAGAUGGGGCGGAAAGAGAUCAUCUGCAGCUGGAAGAAAAACACCAGUAAUAUCAAGGAUGUGUUUGACUUCAAGGGGAAAAUGGGAUCGGGGUCUUUUUCAGAAGUUUUUAUGGUGAGAGAGAAGAAAACAGGAAAACUGUAUGCCCUGAAAUGUCUGAAGAAGAAAUACCUCGCUCGUAGCAACCUUGAAAAUGAAAUCAAUGUACUGAGAAGGAUACAGCACGAGAAUGUGGUGGGACUGGAGGAUUUCUAUGAGAGUCGAACGCACUAUUACCUCGUCAUGCAACUGGUGUCAGGUGGGGAGCUGUUUGAUCGCAUUUUAGUCAAGGGGGUUUACACUGAGAAGGACGCCAGCACAGUGAUCAAACAGGUGCUGCAGGCUGUCAGCUACCUGCACGAAAACAGCAUCGUACACAGGGAUCUUAAGCCUGAGAACCUGCUGUACUAUAAUACAGAUGAGAAUGCUAAGAUCAUGGUGAGUGACUUUGGUCUGUCUAAAACGUCGGAGCAUGGUUUGAUGUCCACAGCCUGUGGUACACCAGGAUAUGUUGCCCCUGAGGUUUUGGCCCAGAAACCCUACAGCAAAGCAGUGGACUGCUGGUCCAUUGGAGUUAUCACUUACAUCCUCCUCUGCGGCUACCCUCCAUUCUUUGAAGACAACGAGACUCGUCUGUUUUCAAAGAUCAUGAGGGCUGAGUACGCUUUUCAUUCACCUUUCUGGGAUGACAUCUCUGAGUCAGCCAAAGACUUCAUCAGGAAUAUGAUGGAGAAAAACCCCACAAAACGCUUCCUCACCGAGCAGGCACUCAGACACCCAUGGAUUGCUGAACACACAGCUAAAGACCUGGACAUUUAUCAGUCUGUCUGUGAACAGAUGGAGAGAAACUUUGCCAAAUCCAAAUGGAAGCAAGCCUUCAACGCAGCCUCAGUAAUCCACCACAUGAAGAAACUGCAGUCGUCCCAUACUGAGCCCUCCCCCUCACAACCCAGCACGUCCAACAUCAUAGUACCGUCCACCUCAGAGAAGGACCUGGAGGCGCAGGGACCCUGCCACGAUGAGGCUGAUGCCCUCAACCCAAACGGGAAUUCCAUUCACAAGGCCAAUCGUCUAUGCUGCAGUGAUGCUGAGUCGGGCGCAGGUCUUUGUUCACCACAGAGAGCCAGUGAGCAUGGAGAUGCCCUCACCGUUGAUCAAUCAAGAGAGGUCAAUAACUUCCCUUCAGAGAUUGAUGCUCCUUUCAGGCCAUCCAAGAGCCUGGACGCUGUGUCUCAGAGGAAGGACCAGUCGCUUACGUCUGGAGUGUGUUCUGUCAUGUGAUUGGCUGGCUAACCUGAGAUGAAUCUCAUGCAGGUGUCGAUACAUCUGCUGCUCAGCUUCUUCAUGCCUGCUGUGGUUCUCUGCUGCAGAACAUGUUCCAUCGACAAACACUAACAGUAUCUGCACUAUAAAAAACACUUUAACAUGCAAUGUCUAUAAUUAACACCAUAUUAAAAAAGACACAAGCAGGAAUUCAUCAUUUAGAAUUCAUACAAAUUGAGUUACACUGUUGGUAUUUAUUUUUCUGUAUAUAACUGUCAAUAUUUUACUAAAUACCAUUAAAAUGUAUUUGUUUUGAAUAGACUUAGCUGACAUAUGCAAGUGGAUUAUUGAUGUGAGUUCUAAUUUGAAUUCUAAUAAAUUUUUAUAAAGCUAAUAAGCUUUUGUAGACUCUGAAACUUCAGUCAUGUCAAUUGUAUCCUCUUGUAUGUCUUUUCUAAGAUAUGUAAUGUAUGUUCAC